CGAUGGUGUGGGAGCGCGGUUAAAAAUAAAGCGCUAGAAAUGUGAGACUGGGGUGAGGCAGAACGGCGGGGGUUGAGUGAGCGCCCUCCGGGGCCGCACCCUUUCUCUGGCGUUACCUGAUACCGAGUACACGCAACCUUGAAAAUGUCCGCGUUUUCAGAUAUAAACCAUGAACUUCGCGCCGUUUACCGGACAUAUUCCGUCGGCGACGGCAAUACCGACCAUUCAUCAGUUCGCCGCCAAGUUCGGGUACGAGGGCAGCGGCGGUGGCAGCGUGGUGCAGGAGACACGUUAUCAGGCCUCGGGCAGUGGAGUGCAGUUUGCGGUGGCACCGGCCGCCGGCGUUGCUGUCGAUGGGGUCAAAUUCAGGCAAGCCGAGAGUGUGGUGGUGGUCAGCAAUGCUCAGCCGGGGACGGUUACGUUGGCGGGAAUCGCGCCUAUACAUAGUGUAAAUACAGGAGUUAAAUAUCAGAGUAUAACGGCCACCUCUUCAACCGUGAACGUGGGUAACAUCGCGUACGGAGGUGGAGGGCAAGUGGGCUACGUGCAGGAGACGGUUCUGAAAGGAGAACAACGUGACAAACGGGAGUAUCGUGAAGAGCUGCACCAUGAUCUGAUGGCUUCCAUGAUGCAACAACACCAGGUGUCGCAAGCGCCGUUGCAACAAGGCACGCAGCAGCUGCUGGUUGUGCUGCAUGAGCCAAAGGAAGGUGCGGCACUCGCACGAGCUAUCAAGCAGGAGGGACGCAACCACAGGGAUCUAACCGCGCCCGCAGAGUUCAUCAGUAUAGGCGAUGUGACAGACAGUUCGACAUGGCAGACAUUAGGUGGCGGGGUGGCUGACUAUCUGUCCGCGCUACCGCUACCGCUGCACCACUUGCUGAAAUACUCAACUGCUGCAGAUGGCAAGCGAGAGGAGCCCACCAUCGUCACAGUCGCUACCAACUCAUUACCACCUAUUUCUACAUUGACUUCGGUUCCGACGAAUGUAGUGAAUAGCGUAGUGGUUCAAACAGCGACGAUCGUGAACCCGACUACGACUCACACAACACAGUCGAACCACUCAGUCAAUGUGAACACCAUCUCGAUCUCUAAGAAGAAAAAGAAGAAGAAAGCGCUUAAAGAGAAAAAACCUCGACCGAAACCUGGGGAGAUACGACUGACGACUGCACUUGACGGCAGCACGUUAUACUGCUGCCCGGAGUGCCACAUGGCGUACCCCGAACGAGGUCUUCUAGACCAACAUCUCGUGGGCCAUACAAUGGAACGAAGGUUCAUCUGCGACAUCUGCAAUGCUGCGUUGAAGCGUAAGGAUCACCUCACACGACAUAAACAGUCGCACAACCCGGAGCGGCCGCACGUGUGCUCCGUCUGUCUGAAGGCUUUUAAGCGCAAGGAGCAGCUCACUCUACACUUUAUUAUACACUCGGGCGAGAAGAGGCACGUCUGCAACGAGUGCGGGAAAGGUUUCUACCGCAAGGACCACCUGCGCAAGCACACGCGCUCGCACAUCGCGCGCCGCGUGAAGGCGGAGCUGUCGCAGCAGGCCACCGCGCCGCCGCUCUCGCAGCAAUCGGUACCCGCGCCGCCACUGGAGCCUUCUUGACCCAACGACGAAAAGAAUGACUUACUGACUCUUAUCGCAGCCGCGAAAGACGCUUUUUGACAGUAGGCUGUGAAGGUAUAACCAGUUAUUAAAAAGGAAAAGAAAAUACGUAAAAAUGUUUCCAGAAUAUACGAUUCUAAAAGUCAAGACCAAUAGAGUUGUUUUAGAAAUAGAAUAAAUUGUGCAAAAUUGAUUUCCGUACUUACGAAGUGAACUGCUUACGUUUAAAAUGUUGAUUGGUAUUGUUCUUAUUGUAAUGAAAAGGUAACAACAAACUCGCAAUAUUUUUGUCGACCCACACUACACCCGAUAAAGAUCUUUGAAACUCCUAAUUUUAUAGCUCAUGAGUCAACUUAAGAUUUAGUUUGUUUUACAAAAAUGAAAACCUGCCGGUUUCAUUCUUGAUAUAUAUUUUGUAUCAUAUAUUAUUUGCAAUUCGCUUAAAUUUUACUCCCCGCCUCUUGGACAUAUUCAUAUCAAGAUUUCACGUAAGUUUUAUAUUUUCAUUUGAACUAUUUAGUAAUAUUGUGACUUUUCGUUAAUCUUCAUCCAAUUACAAAUAAAACAUGACUUGUUACAGUUUUUAUGAUUGUAGAUAAUUAUAAUUUCAAUGAAUACUAAUCUUCAACAUAGUAUAGUGAUUAGUGUUGUAAUUUAAAAUGUAGUAUUGCCUUUUAGAAUAAAUAUUUUCUUCGCUCUUGAUAAGAGUGUCGGGUUCAAAAAUUGAAGUUUAGGAAUUUUGUUGAAAUAAAAACGUUAAACAGAUAAGUAAAACUCAUUUCAAUAGGUAUAAUUCUGUAAAUAAAAUAUAUUAUAUUCAUAUGUAAAUAGUUGCCAACGGUUAUAAUAAUAAAUUGUGAUAAAGAUUCAAAAUUGUAUAAAUAAUGUUUCUUGUUAUAUUAAUAAUUGGAGUUUUUCUAAAACGAUAAUAAUACGUUAGUUUAUAAAGCAGCGUUCACAUUAUUAAAUAAUAAUAGUAAUUGGUAAAGUAUACCAGAUUACUUUUAUAGAAAUCAAUGUACUUUACAUGUUUUAAUAAAGUAAAGAACUUGUUUACAAACAGACUUGUUUGAGGACUAGUAUUGCAGGACAGAGUAAUAAAACUCUACGCCACUACAAUGAAGUGGUUAUAUUGUACAUUUGUUAAAUAGUUCUACAACUCUAGAGGCGCAAUAAUAUAUUGCUUAUUCUGUUUAUGACUAAUCGUAGCGCAGCAUUAGCUUAGAUUCAAGCCAUAAUAAAAAUAAUAGGAUAUGUAUGGUAUUUUAAAAAUAGAAUGUUAUAGUUAUUUAUAAGCUGUUGUCUGUACAAAUCUUUAUAUAAAAAUAUUAUUAUGGUGCGUUUCCACUGAAAAAGGGCAAUUUCUGUGUUAGCAAAGUUUGCAAAACCUCAGAAAGUUACGAACAGUCAAACAAAUUGAGUCAAUUUUGUUUACAAUGUAAUAUUUAUUACAAAAACUUAAGAUAGGUCGACAACACAAUAGUUGCCAAUAUUCCCUUGGUGGAGACACGGCUUUAUGUAGCAAUAAUUAUUCAUGCUUGUAGAAGAAGAAUUUGUUACAAUAGAAGACGCUCUUUUUAAUAUUCAUUUGAAUUUACUAGGUGCAAUGAUGUUAAGUAUAUUUUUGUAUUUAAUACUUAAUUGUUAAUAUUAGAAAUGAAGUACAAAGUUAAAUAGUUCUUUGUUAAUUGAAAAAAGACUUACAUUGCAGCCAU